AUGUCGGCUAAUGGGCUGUAUGAUCCUGAUCAGAGUGCUGUAGAUACCCGGUGGAUUCAGCCAUGGAGCGAGGCGUUUAGGGCUCAACGCGACGUUGGACUCCGCGUUCCUAUCAAUUUCCAGACUGUGCCGGGUGUCUCGCUGACGGCAGCGUGUUUUCCUGAAAAUCAGUUUGAGCAUUUUGCUUUUAAAAGGUGCUUUUCUAAUUUGCUUGCCGUGGGGUUUCGCAGGUUCACCGUGGAUACGUAUUGGGAUCCUCUACGUCAAGUAUGGAGCUUGUGUCCUGUGGAGCUUCCUCGAGCAAAUGGAGUGUCUUCAGCACCAACCAGUGCAGCGACUCCCACCAUUGUCGACUUUCCGAGUCCAGAUGGACCACCAAUCUUGCAAGUUGGCAACUAUAAUUGCACUUCUCUCACGACACUAGAUCUGCUCACGGGAAUAUUGGAAGAUUUCCUAGACGCAACCUCCACUACUACUGGCGCUGCUCUAGUCCUGUUUUCAUUCAAUGUACAUGCCGCGUCCUCGAUUGCUAACCCCAAUGCUGAUGCUCCUAUCCUUUCUCGAGGCCAACUACCCGGACAAGGACAGCUACUUAGCGAUAUAUUGCGAGGCAAUCUCUCGGAUGAGACGUAUAAACCUACCAACCUGGCUGACCAGCGAGCGAAUCUGAACGAGUCUUGGUAUGAUGUCGAGUGGAACAAUCAGCCAGUACAUGGAUACUACGAGGGGUUGACCAACGCUGAGGGCCAGUCAUAUACGCGCAACGGAUGGCCAACAGAAGCUUUUAUAGAAUUCAAAAAGCUGUUCCGCUUGGUUGCCAGCUACGGCACCAUCGACUCUCAAAUGCGCGAGUACAAUACAACCGCCGACUCUGGCUACAUCUUCCCUGCAGGCACACUUUCCAACCAAAUCUCUACCUCUGUCGACUCAGACGGCAGCGUAACAUCCGGCUGUCUCUUCAACCCCUCCUCUACCAGCAUCACGACCCCAAACGCCUCCUGGGCCCUAUCCACCGCCCCGCAACUCGACCUACCCGCGAACCCCGACCUCUCCCUCCUCAUCCCCUCCAUCACCAACCUCACCCGCUGCGGCACAUCCCCCUUCCUCAACCAAACCCUCGCCCGCACCCCCGCAGACCGCAACCCCCUCCCCUACGCCGCCUUCGUCCACUCAACCCUCUGGUCCUUUGCCCCGGGCGAACCCCUCAACGCAACCCAAAACGACGACACCAACAGCAUAAACCGCUGCGUCGUAAUGACAAAAUCCACACAUCCCAGCCGCUGGCGCACAACAGACUGCCGCGAGCCCCACCGCGUCGCCUGCCACGACCCUUCUUCGCCCUACACCUGGCGCCUCUCCUCCGACACCUCCCCGUACGAAACCGCAGAAUCCCACUGCACACCGCCCUCCCGCUUCAGCGUCCCGCACACCGCCCUCGAAAACGCACACUUGUAUUCUGUCUUAGCUGCUAGUCCGGACGACGACGUCGUCUAUAUCAAUUUGAACAGUAUCAAUACCCCCGACUGCUGGGUCGAGGGCCGCAACUCGACGUGUCCGUACCUCGCGAGUACGGAUACGGAUCGGACGCGCAUUGUGGUUGUGCCAACGGUGGCGGCGAUUAUCAUUUUCGUACUUGCGGCGCUGACGUUUUUUGUAAAGUGUGCGGCGAAUCGGAGAGAGAACGUUAGGGGGAGGAAGAGGAGGUUGGUUGGGGGGUGGGAGUAUGAGGGUGUGCCUAGUUGA